AUGGCUGUCGCGUCGGUCCAAGACCGCACCUCCGAGUUCAAGUCGGUCCUGGUGCAGGCUCAGCGACGCCAGAACUCGGCCAAGCUUGGCUCCCAGAGGAGAUCUCUGCUGAGCGACUCGCAGAAGGCGGCGGCCAACAGCGAUGCGAAGCCCCGGCGCUCGGAUUUCGCGAGGACGGCGGCCGAGAUUGGUCGCGGCAUCUCCGCCACCAUGGGCAAGCUGGAGAAGUUGGCACAGCUUGCAAAACGCCGGACCCUGUUCGACGAUCGGCCUGUCGAGAUCAACGAGCUCACCUUUGUCAUCAAGCAAGACCUGUCCUCGCUCAACCAGCAGAUCGGCGCCCUCCAGACGCUCACGAGGCAGCAGCACCCCAAGGUCGACCAGGAGGGCGAACACAACAAGAACGUAGUCUACCUGCUUCAAGGAAAGUUGACGGACGUGUCGGUCAACUUCAAGGAUGUGCUCGAGGCCCGGACGAAGAACAUCCAGGCGUCGCGGUCGAGGACGGAAAACUUCAUCUCGUCCGUCUCCCACCACACCCAGCCGUCGGUGCCGCAGUCGGCCUCCCCGCUGUACGGAACGCCAAACCGAGCGUCGCCGGCGCCCGGUGCCGACACCCUGUCGCUCAACCCCGUCGGCGAGCAGCAGUUGCUGUUGAUGGAGGAGGCGCAACCCCAAAACACGUACAUCCAGCAGAGGGGCGAGGCCAUCGAGGCCAUCGAGAAGACGAUUGGCGAGCUGGGGAGCAUAUUCGGCCAGCUGGCGACCAUGGUCUCGGAGCAGAGCGAGAUGAUCCAGCGCAUCGACGCCAACACCGAGGACGUCGUGGAUAACGUCGAGGGCGCCCAACGAGAGCUGCUCAAGUAUUGGUCGCGCGUGUCGGGCAACCGGUGGCUUAUAGCCAAGAUGUUUGGCGUCUUGAUGAUAUUCUUCUUGCUCUGGGUUCUGGUGGCGGGCUGA